AUGGCGCCUUCCGGCAAACUGAUGAGGAAUGUUCGGAUUGACUCCUUGCCGCCAGAUCGCCAGAUAGCAGCGAAAGAUUGCCGUCAGUGUACUAGACGCCGCAUAAAAUGCGACCGCACUCUUCCACACUGUCAAAAGUGCACGAUCCGCAAGCUGUCUUGUCCGGGUUUCCCUCGGCUUCACCUGAGGUGGGAUCAGGGGGUGGCCAGUCGUGGAAAUUUCAAAGGCAAGGCAUUACCAGUGCCAAAAGUAGCGAGCACGUCGGCUUCAAUCGUGGACGAGUCUCGCCAAUUCGCUGUCGCGCUAUAUAACGAUGGAGUCUCUCCGGCAAGAGACGUGGGGCUUUUGCACAGACAUCUUUCUACAUCCCUCAACGAAAAUUUGCUUCAACAUUUCUUCUCUACCGUCGUCUCACACUUAACUUGGCUUGAUGAUGGGCCAUGUAACCCAUGGAGAAGCUUGAUUCAGCCUUUGGUCCACAGAUCGGACUAUCUACGACUAUCCGUCUCUGGCCUUGCGGCUGCUCAUCUAUCCGCCACGUCGUUAGAUGAUACUCAGUCAUCAGUCUUUUUUCAGAUCAAUCAUCGCAUCCGAAAUGACACCUUAAAAAGCUUGAGUUAUAAAAUGCGCUUGGAACUUCGCACAGAUACUAUGAGUUCAAGGAAGGAUCUCCCGGACUUCUCACUCUUGGAGAUGCUUGCUUGUACUCUCGUCCUUUGCUACUCAGAGCUGCACAUUCCUAGCUCAACAGACUGGGGAUUGCAUCUUCAGGCUUGCCGCACUAUGAUCGAGAGAUGCUACCUCAGGUCUCGGCGGGAACAGCCCCAAGACGCUCUUUCUAGAUUUUUAAUCAAAGAAGUUGUUGAUCUGGAGACACUCGGAAAUCUUGCGGGCUUCAACUACCCAGGGAGCACAAGAAUGGGCAGGGACUACGGGUCCUUUUUGAAUGGCAAUGUCUGGACAUUCACGGCACUGAUCAAUGAGAUCACUGCCGCGGAAAGGCUGCACUCCAAGCGUUGGGAUGAUGGCCAGGAGAUUAUCGAGCCGGAAAUGACGCAGUGGCACGACAAACUUGAAGCAGCCUACCACCGAGCUACUGGAAUGAUUACUUCUUUACCAGAAUGUAAUACCACCCAAAGCAUGUUCCACACUAUAAUCGACGCACACUACUACGCUACUCUCGUAUACAGCUAUCAGUGUCUCGCGCCUCAUCCAAAAUACAACCAAAAAGUCGAUGAAUAUUGUGAUAUGAUUUGGCAUACAAUUCACCGUGUCAUAAAAAGCCCAUAUCCUGCAUUCAUCCAUGACGUAUUCUUCCCUCUGUUCAUUGUUGGCACUCAGUGUCUAAAUGAUCAAGAAAGGCAAUCUCACAUUGAAAUGGCUUUCUUGCAAUCCAUGUCUGCCACAGGAUUUUGGUGUAACCAGACUGCACUGCAGAUGCUACGCCUCUUCUGGGAACACUCAAAUCAAAGCGAGGGUGAAAGUUGGAUUCAAUUCGCUCGAAGGAAUGAAGGUGCAAUCGGUCCAUUUGUCAUCUUUUGA